CGCUGCGACCACCACGAGCCGGAGACUCCCCUGAGCCUGCGAAUGCCAUGGGGUGCGCGAGCAGCGCUCCGUUUCUGGCGGCCCGCUCGCAGAACGGCGCAGGUGCUGGCGCUGGUGGUGAUGGAGCUGACGGGUCCGCCCCCGACGCGGGGGCGGGCGGACUGGACCUCACCAAGACGGUCAGCGGUGCCGCACAGGGACUCACGCAGGGCGCCGUGGCCAAGCUGCAAGAUGUCGGUGAGGCAGCAAAACACAAAGCUGAAGCUGUUGCUGAAACUGUUGAAACUAAGGCAGUAGAGGUAAAAGAGCAAGUAGAAGAGAAAGUAAAAGCAGUCACAGAACAGGUGAAGGAGAAGGUUGAAAAUUUUAUACCAAUCAAGAAAGAAGAUGGGCAAGACCUGACAAAAGUAGGAGAUGAUGCUCUUAAGAAUGUUACUACAAAGGUUGAAAAUGAACUGGAGAAUGUCAGUGAACAGGUUACUGACAAAGUGCAUGACACUGUAGAGAAAACCAGUGAAGAGGUGGGAAAUAUAACAGAGAAGGCAGGUGCAGAAUUUCAGAACAUAAGUGAAAAGGUUAACACUGAAUUGGAACAUUCAGUCAACAGAGCCAGUUCUGAAGUUGAAGAGAUAACAACAGAAAUUGGGACUGCUGCUGAAAACCUACAUAUGUCAAUAGAUAAAGCUGAUAUUGAUAUGGUUGAUGAAGAAUUGAGAGCUAUUGAAGAAAUGGAGGCAACUGAAAAGUUGGUGAAAGAUGAGGGAUCCAUGCAUGAAAAUAUGGUUGUGUCAGCAGCAUCCACAGCUGAAAAUGAAAUUGAUGAGAAGCAUGAAACAGAAGAUGCAAAGGAAAGCCGAAGUAAACAUGCCACUCCUGAUUUGGACAAGAAUGUUACUGAAGAUACUGAAAAAUCUGGAAAUGGUAGUCCAGUAACUAAUGAAAGUGAUGAGAAGACUAAUCCAAGUGCAUAAUUGUGAAAGAAUUUUUGGUUUGUGUGUGUUGAAUGGUUUAAUGAAUACAGAACAGAAAAUAAAUGAUAUUUUGUAAAAUUAAUGUGCUAUUUUGAAAAUAUUCUUGUAAAAAACCAAAUGGACAUACAAGAUGCAAAAUAUGGUUGUGCAGGACACAGUAAAAGAAGUUAUAUUACAGUUUAUGUGUAAAAAUGGUGUUGACUGUUACUUUAAGUUUAGAAAUACUUAAUCCAACAGCACCCUCAACUUUCUCCAUUAUUCCACACUCCUGCUGCAGUGUAGGAGCACAUGCACACACAAUCACACAGAAUAUACUAACCAAUGAAAAAUAAUUUGAU